AUGCACGCCAGAUUGAAGUUCAGAUACAGAUACUAUGGUGGAACGCCCAACGCAAUGCAGCCACAACCACAGGGUCUCAUCGUAGAAACAGGGAAUGGCGCCAGCGUCCUUCAGCUGCCGGCUACGACUCUCGAGCAGAUCAGACACAUUGCUGCCGACCCUGGUGCGUCAAUGCUCCGUCUACCACCGCCGGCGAAUGAGCCACCGGCGGGUGCACGCGAGCUCGACUUUGAUCUGUGCUACGUCUGCAAGCACUGCAAAGUUGCGUUCCCGUCGCCAGCUCCGUUACAAGCGCACCAAGCUCGCUCCUGCUAUGCUGGCCGCGAAUCAGCGCGAGGUGUCAUCCGCGUAGUGCAACCCGCGCUGGAAUGCCGUACCUGCCCCGGCGAACGGUUUCGGACAGCUCUGGAGUUCCGCAGACAUGCAGAAACUGAUACCCACCGCGGUACAGUACCACCGGCCCCACCACCAGAGCUCACCCACGAAAUGGAGGAUGUCGUGAAUCAAAUCACCCUGCUGGCUGCGCGUGCGGCGCAAGAGACGCCGAAAGACCCCAGCGCCAAUUUCUGUGCGCCCUCCCCCCGCUUCCCGCCCAGCGAGCUCCCUCUCGCGAGCGCGGGCCACUAAUCCUACACGCUCGAAAUGUAUAGUUACUAACAAGAGCCCCUCGCUCUCUCCGUUGUCCGACAACGCAGCAGUUCACUAUUAGCUCUUAACGCUUCUUUACGUUGAUGCCGGAAGCGGCACUUUCCUAGUUAUAUUUAAUGCUUGUAGUUGUAAGUAUAGGUUAAUGCCGGCGUGCGCCGGACGCCGCUCGCCGCACACUGGGAGGCGGCGGCGGCGACGGCGGUCGGCCGCGUCCCGGGCCCGCUUGCAUAUCAUACGUUAGACAGGUUUUAUUAUGUACGUUUACCGUCGCGGGACUCGCGGACGCGGCCGCUCCGCCGCUACACACCCUCACCAUCAACUCCCAGGAAAGCAAGUUCCUAUCUUUAUGGCAUAUAAUAUUAUCGAUAUUGAUAAUUACGAUUUAAUUAUUGUUUAAAGCUAUGUAAUACAUACAUAUAAUCGUUCUAAUUUUAGGCAUAGAUACGUUCUCGUAAGAAGUUCCUGAUGCAUCGUAAAUGUAUGAAGAUAUAUAUAGUGAUAUACGUAUUAUAUGAUUUUUUUAAACGUGAAGCGAAGUUAGUACGUAUGUUAGGCAGUAGAGCGGUCGUCCUCUCCCGCGGGCGCUUGCCACCCAUCCGCCGCGGCGACCAGCGACCAGCGACCAGUGCCCCGCGCACCGCGCGCCGUCCGCGGAGCCGCGACGAUACCGCGUAGGCUUAUUGGUAACAGUUAAUUAUAAUUAUUAUUAUCGUAGCAACUUUUCCAAAACGAACGAACUCGAAACUCGGGCUGCGCGCCAGCGCCCAGCCUACCUCGCAUACAAGUGAGUUUAUUUUGGAACUAAGUGUGAUUCUUGAAUUUUUAUUGAUAUUGUAAUGAUUAUUAGUAGUGGCGUAAGUGAGUAAAGACAUGUAGAUACAUGGCGGCGGGGAGCGCUCGCCUAACAUGUAUAUCCAUAACUUUACAGUGUGCGUGGAGUCCCUUAUAUUUUCGAUGGCACAGAUCACGUUAUUUAAAUAAAAAAUUACAUAUUUACAUUUUAUCUAGCGGAGUGUACUACAAUAUUUUAUCUACGAGUGGAUCCUACUACAACAUUGAGUUUGUUUUUUUUAUAUAAAGUGCAAUGUUUUAUUCCACCGGUUGCCGGAGGUCCUUGUUAUUUAUAUCUAGGUGUGCAAUGAGCUGACGCCCGGAGAAUGCGUCUGCAACUUAUCUUCUCGAAGGCCUUCCUGGAGCUUCUACACUUAAAUUGAAAAUAGAUCUAGUCAUACUACUUAAAACUUGAAGGGUCAACAUCACAAAAAUUAUAUAAAAAAAAAAGAAGCUCUCGUAUCAAUAUCAAAACAAGUAAUAUUUUUCAGUAUAACCUCACGAGUUAUCUCAUGCGGUCAUAAUAUAACUUUGACGAGACAUAAUUAAAAAACGCAUUAGCCGCGAGCGUCGCAUACCGCGAAGGAGCGCGUACAACACAAUUUCGUUUUGCGUAUUUGAGGUUUUAGUAUAUUAUAAUAAUGCAUAGCUCCUAAAGUUUGUUGAGUGUUAUGUUCGCUCCCGGCGCCGGCGUCGCUCGGUCGUUCAGUCAGCGUCACGACGGGAGUGACGGUGGACGUGUCGGUAGUGUGAUGUUGUGUCUCCGCGGUUGAAUGCCCGCGGAAUGAAUCAUGGUUCCUAUGUAUAUUUCAAUAUUAUCGCAUCUAGAGUUUCACUAUACUUUCCGAAUACAAAUUUUAAUAUUUAAGAUUAAUUCGGAUUAGUCUGUUGUAUCUGCUAAUAGAGGUGCCGCACGGGCAUGUUGUUUGUUCAUUUAGGCUAUGUUCGUUUUAGUUCUAAUUAUUUGUACUAAUUUAAUUUUGUUAUUAACAAAACAAUUUUGUACGUAAAUCCUCUUGAUAAGCUAAGUGUAAUAUGUUGGUUGCGAAAUUAUAAGUUUAUGAAUGAUAAAGGUAGCACUCACGUCUAUCAUAGUUCCUAAUAACUGUAUUUGUAAUACUAAAAAUUAUUUUAAAAUUCUUUACUAGUGAAAUAUACCGGUUCCUAAUGUUAAAACUGUAAACGUUAUACGAUCAAACUUUUCGAUUGUCGUGUUCACAUUGUAUUACGUGCAUAAAUAGUUUUUAGUUCAUUGUAAGAUCGACUUGAGUUCUGCAAGUACAGAAAUAUUAAUAUCUAUAAACUUGAUAUUUAAUACGUAAUUAUAUGGCAACUAUUAAUAAAUUAUUCUUUCGGAACUCAGUCGAUGGUUGAACGUUGAUUUGUAAACACGUCUACGCGUGCUCCAUAGAAUGUUUUCGUAGCAAUUAGUUUUGUUUCAUAUAGCAUGACGUGUGCGUAGCCACAACUAUGCGCGAGCUACGCGCCUACGAAAAAGAACCGUAGACGACAACAGAUUAUGAAUACAUUGUCAAGUGUAAAUGGUAAAAAUAAACUCAAAGUUAGUUUAUCAGAUACUGGAGUUUUAUUUAUUGCCUGAUUUGAUAGUUGAAUUGCUACUACGACUUAGCUUGGACUUCGCUAAAUGAAUUCCUAGAGAAAAUACAAUAUACAAACAUCAAAGUCUUGGAGAUAUUUUUAUACAAAUUGAGUCAUACGCAAACAAACAAACAUAAUGAUAUAUAAUUCGGGUACGUAUAUUUAAUAUAUCAAAUAC